UUUGACAUGCCUCUCGCAGCCACAAUGACCUGGCUCCCGAUCCUGUGUUUGUCUGUGUGAAACUGCCGUUCCCUCUCUGCCCUCCAUCUGGAUGUCAUUACGCCGCCGAGUAUAAAACAGCAGACGGGAAGAGCCUGCCCGCAGUGCCUGGCCAUGGAAGGGGCUGCUUUGGUGUGGCUGCUCUGUCUGCAGGGCAGCCUGCUCGUGCAUACCCUCAGCUGUGCUGACAAAGGGACGUCGACACAGACACAGGAGUACAGGAGGGAGUGCGAGGGCGAUGAGGCCACCAAAGCACUGCCAGCUGAACUGACGGGGCUGAAGCCACUGGCACCAUCUGGAGCAAUGGGGGAGUCUGGCCUUGUGCAGCCGGCCAAAAGGAGGAGACGAAAUACAGGCUCCAAAGGCAGGAGGAAGUAUGGACCAGGAGUGUUCUCCGUCCUUGGUAUCACAAAGGAUACUGAGCCGACAAAGAUACCACCACCCGUGGAGCUGUCGAGGCAGAAGAGGUCCAGAAAGCUGUACUACCCAGGCAGCACCUCAGUGACGGGACAGCCGAUGCGUCUGAUGCUGACAGAGAGGUCACGGAGGCAGCUGCCACACACCAAGCCCAAGCGGAAGCCACGCGUGGGCUCUUUCUCCCUGCUGAGCCACAAGCAGCCCAAAUCCCUGCAGGUUACUAGAGUCAGGAGACAGCUUCAACAUGAAAAGAAGAAAAAGAAGAAGUUGACCAAUAGUCGAAGUCGGCCAGGGUGGCAGACUGCCAUAGGUGGAGAGGAGAUGGGUGUAGCAUCAGAGGUUACAAGAACAAGGAGACAACUUCAAGAUGACAAGAAGCAAAAGAAGCCACCACCAGGUUGGCUUUCUAUUUUGGGCGAGGGACUUCCUCCUCUUCCGGAGGUUACAAGAAGGAGGAGACAACUUCAAAAUGACAAGAAGAGGAGGCGACCAGGUUCAUUUUCUCUCGUGGGCAAGGGUACCCCUCCCCACCUCGAUGCAGCCACCAAGAGUCAGAAGGAAAUGAAGACCAAAGAAGAAGAGCCUUGAACGCACUAUAAACCUUUCAAAGAAGUAUGGAAUGGGAGGAGGCAUUGGGGCCAUUAGGGACAAUGUUUCAUGUGCUUUGUGACUUAUGCAGUUAAAAACAUGCCUGUGCCAUGCAUACUUAACUUUUAUUACCAACACCAAGAGAGAAUACUGCAGUAGAAAUAUAGCCCAUUUAAGAUCCACACAGAGCUCCUGGCUUAACUGCUAAUAUGCAAUUACUCAUUGCCAGUAACACUCACAUAGCUACAGUAUAUUGUCUCAUCAACUUUCAUAUUCUGAUAUUCUUUCAGUCAAUGGGAUAAUAUUAUUUGUAAUAAGCCUUUCCUUUUGAGAAGCACAUUAACUUAAAAUAAUUGUGUGUAUUGACAUCCUAUGUAUUCCAGGUUUGAAUAAAUGUAUGUUAUUCGUCAUUUUUUAA